AAGGGAGCUCGACUCGCAUCACUGAACUUCAAAGCUCUCCCGCUUACCCCAUCGAUCAAAACCUCUGCUCUGCCUUCUCCUCUGUUUCCUCAAGCCUCAAGAAAGAAGAGACCGGAUCGACCGACACCGACCGACAUGGUGGUCCUUGCCAAGGGCGAGCUGGAGCAGAUAGCCCUCCCGGCAGCGCAGUCGCCGCCGGCCAACGUACAGGCAGUCGACCUCUCGUCCGCGCGCCGCUCGGGCCCCGGCCGCGCGGCCGCGGCGCGCGCGCUGGUGGCGGCGUGCGAGGAGCAGGGCUUCUUCAAGGUGACCGGCCACGGCGUGGCGCCGGCGCUGGUGCGCGCCCUGGACGCCGCGGCGGCCGCCUUCUUCGCGCUGCCGCAGGCCGAGAAGGAGGCCGCGGCCGGGCGGCCCGUCGGGUACGCCAGCAAGCGGAUCGGCACGGCCGGCGACCUCGGCUGGAUCGAGUACCUCCUGCUCUGCGUCGCCCCCGGCGCCGGCCAAGCCCUGCCCGUCCCGGCCUCUGCCUCCUUCUCCACAUUGCCGUGCGCCGCCGCCGCCGCCGCCGCCGCCGCGUCGUUGUCCGGCUCCGAGCCCGAGUCCUCCUGCCCCUUACGGGGGCUGUUGGAGGAGUACGCGGCGGCGUUGCGGCGGAUGGCGUGCGAGGUGCUGGAGCUGAUGGCGGAAGGGCUGGGGCUCGCCCCGUCGGACGCGAUCUCGCGGCUCGUGUCCGACGGCGGCAGCGACAACAUGCUCCGGGUGAACCACUACCCGCCGCGGCCCGAGCUACAAGCUGGGAAGAACCAGUUGUUGACGGGGUUCGGCGAGCACACGGACCCGCAGAUCAUCUCCGUGCUCCGCUCCAACGGCACCUCCGGGCUGGAGAUCGCCUCCCCGCGCGACGGCGCCUGGGCCUCCGUCCCGCCCGACGCCGACUCCUUCUUCAUCAACGUCGGCGACGUCCUUCAGGUGUUGACGAACGGGAGGUUCAGGAGCGUGAAGCACAGGGUGGUGGUGAACAGCGAGAGGCCCAGGAUGUCCAUGAUCUUCUUCGGCGGGCCGCCGCCCGGCGAGAGGCUGGCGCCGCUGCGGGAGCUGCUGGGAGACGACGGGGGGCGGAGCCGCUACAGGGAGUUCACCUGGAAGGAGUACAAGAGCACCGGCUGCAGGGGCAGGCUCGCUGAGGACCGGCUCUGCCUCUUCGAGAACUAGGCUAGCGACCAGUGUCUGACAAGCUCCCGUCCGGCCGGCCGUGUCAAUAUAGCUUAAUUAGUUUCUGCAGGGUUGCAGACGUAAUGCAUGCAAAAGGUUUAUAGUUGCUGGCUAUAGCUAGUUAAUUAAUUAUAGCUUCGUGUUAUAAUAUCGGUCGUGAAAGAUAUGAUGAAGCACGUGAUGCUCACCGAAAUUAUUCCUGGUCCUAGUGCUCUUGUAUAUACGGCACGGUAUGUGUGGUGCAUAUAUAUAGCUUGGAGAGCAAAAUAGCUUGUGCUCGAUCGUGAGCCGUCUCGUCGUAAAUGGACGCAGUUAUAUUAA